GCCUCAUUUAGAUCAAAACUUCUGUUUUUGUUUUCUGUGAAAGAAUAAGACUAAAUGGCUAUAUAGAUUAACUGUGUAUUACAACAAUGACAAAACAGCUACAAAGUGGGAUAAAGGAAAAAAAUUUGUUAUUAAUUUCACUUAUUGGAUGAACACACUCAUUGAGAUUCAGUAAACAAUCACAAACAAUUAAGGAAACAAUGGAAACCCCACCAUUAGACGACAAAGCAAAAAGAAUGAGAGAUCUCCUCUCCAGUUUCUAUUCUCCACACCCCUCUGGCUCCCCUAACAUGUCCUCAAAAUACACCUCUUCCGAUGACAUCAACUCUUCAUCCUUCCAAAGUGAUCACUACAUGAAUGUUAUGGUACAUGAAUUUAAUUUGGAAGAGUUGCUCCAUAAGCAUGUUGAUAUGGUUACUGAAAUAAAGAAUCUCGAUACCGAUUUGCAAAUGCUUGUCUACGAGAAUUACAAUAAAUUCAUUUGCGCUACAGAUUCUAUAAAGAGGAUGAAAAGCAAUAUUAUAGGGAUGGAGGGGGAAAUGGAACAACUUCUUGACAAGAUAAUGUUUGUCCAGUCAAGGAGUGACAAUGUUAACACAUCUUUGUCUGAAAAUAGAGAGCAUAUAGAGAAAUUGAAUAAGAAAUGUAAUCUUCUUCGUAAAAUUCAGUUCAUAUAUGACUUACCUGAUAGAUUAGGCAAGUGCAUCAAAGUUGAGGCAUAUGCAGAUGCAGUCAAGAUGUACACCGGUUCAAUGCCCAUUUUUAAGACAUAUGGAGACUCGUCAUUCCAAGAUUGCAAGCAAGCAUCUGAUGAAGCAAUAUCUAUCAUAGUAAAAAAUUUACAGGAAAAACUACUUUCAGAUUCUGAAUCAACUCAAGUGAGGGCCGAAGCUGCAAUUCUCCUUAAGAAGUUGGAUAUUCCGGUGGACAAUUUAAAGGCAAAUUUACUAGAGAAAUUGGAACAUUUUCUUAUAGACAUUCAGUUGAUCCCUGAAGUAGUAGAGAUUGUUUCACCUUCUUCGCACGAGGUAGCCUUUCACGAGUUUGUGGAGGCCGUUCGUGCAUUUCAGAACAUAUUUCCCGAUUCAGAAAUGCAGUUAGUUAAACUUGGCCUAGAUUUAGUAAACAAGAACUUUCUAAUUGUUGAGGAGUACAUGAAGACGCGGAUUAGUGCAGAAGAUCUACUUGGCGUUCUUCGAGUUAUUUGGAAUGAUGUGCUUCAAAUGGAUGAAGUGUUACAAGAAUCUUCCCUCUCUAAUCAUUCUCUCGAGGCUGCCAAAGUUUCUAUCAAGUCGUUCGUUAACAUUACAUUUUCUUAUCUAAUGCAAGAUAUAUCAGAUUUCGUAUUAAAUGUGUUGAAACGAGAUGAAGGUGAUCGUCACUCAUUGAAAGAUGCUCUAAAUGCUAGCACAAAAACAUUACUCCAAGGAAGCAAAAAGUUUAUGGUGGAUGUCUGCAAAAUUCUUGACGACGGUGUAGAGAUUCUAAAUAAAUCAAGAGAUUUGAUAAUUGAUUGGGUUAAAGAAGGGUUUCAAGACUUUUUUAGACAACUUUGUCUCCAAUUUCAAUUGUUUGCAGGAAGAAACGAUUUUGCAGUUAUUCAAAAUCAGAGUUUGAUAGAGGGAUCUCAAGGUGACAAAGCUUUUCCUGGUCUUGUGUUGGUGUUGGCAAAGCUAUCCGCUUUCAUUGAACAGUCUGCCAUUCCAAAAAUCAACAAGGAACUAGCAGCUUCUUUUUCUUGUAGUAGUGUUAGAAAACAUGGACUUUUUGUUUCGGAAGGGAUCUCUCAAAAGUUCGGGACUGUCGGUGAAAGUUUCUUGCAUAAGUAUAUUAAAAUGAGAACUCAACGGAUAUCGCUUAUUCUAAAGAAGAGGUUUACCACGCCUAAUUGGGUAAAACAUAAGGAGCCUAGAGAAGUCCACAUGUUUGUGGAUUUGUUUCUACAAGAGCUAAAAGUUAUAGGUAAUGAAGUGAAUGAGACUUUGCCUAAAGGCAUGCAGAAACACCAGAGAGCUGAUAGUGCCUGUAGUAGUAAUUUAUCAUUGUCAAGAAGCAACUCCAUUCCAGAUGAGAUGUUGAGUAGGUCAAAUAGUAGGUCAAAUACUCAAAAGGGAAGGAACCAACAAUACUUUGAAACACAUUUGGCCAAACUAUUCAAGCAAAAAGUUGAAAUUUUCACAAAAGUAGAAUAUACACAGACAUCAGUUCUUAUGACCAUGGCUAAAUUAUGUCUCAAGAGUUUACAAGAAUUUGUUAGACUACAGACAUUUAAUCGGAGUGGAUUCCAGCAAAUUCAAUUGGAUAUUCAAUUCUUGAGGACUCCAUUAAAAGAAAUAGUUCAAGAUGAAGCUACAACAGACUUCUUACUUGAUGAGGUGAAUGUUUCCGCUGCAGAACGAUGUUUAGAUCCAAUUACAUUGGAGCUCCCAAUAUUAGACAAACUUAUACGAGCAAAGUUGACAAAAACUUGACAAACAAGAUAUUGAAGUGUACAUUGUGAUCAUAUUUGACAUAUUUAUUUGAGAUAUUUUCCUUUAGGUAUU